CUCCAGCCCUUUCUGCCCUCUUCCGCGUUCCGUAGCAGAGGAAUUUCCAGGGCGGGAAAGAAAAAAAGAUUUCCCGUGUUGGGGUGGCCGCCAUGGAUCUAGGGCAGCGGGAGGAAGGCGAGGAGGAGGAUCAGCGGCAGUUCACGUUCGUUCAGAGCCUCAAGGCGGCCGUCCACUACACGGUGGGCUCCCUGUGCCAGGAAGCGGCCGACGCCAAAGGGGUCAAGUUCAGCAAGCCGACCAUCGCGGCCAUUUCCGAGGUCACCUUUCGGCAGUGCGAACACUUCGCCAGAGACCUCGAGAUGUUUGCCAGACACGCAAAGAGAAGCACCAUUACCACGGACGACGUGAAGCUCCUAGCCCGGAGGAGCAGCUCCCUGCUGAAUUACAUCACAGAGAAAAGCGAUGAGAUCGCUCGGCUUAACCAGGAACAGAAGGGGAAGAAGAAAAAGAAGACAGAAGGAGGAAGCAAAAAAACCAGCAAACAGGCGGCAGUUGAAAUGGACGUCGAUGACUGAGACGGCCUCCUGCCCACACUGGACACUUACAGCAGCGACAGCCGCCCCCCAAGUACUACUCUUUAGCAAAGCCAACUUUGAAGGCAUGAAUGGAGAGAAAAUGGAUGCUGGUGGGUGUUUCUGUGCCCAUCUGUUUUUACUUUAAAUAGUUGACUAAUAAUAUCAAUACAUAAGAAAGCUGGAAAUGCUUAAGCCAGAUACUCCAGCGCCUUUAUUGGAACCCUGAGAAGGGAGUGUGGGAGCAGGGUGGAUUUGAAUUCUUUUCUUCAUUUUGGAAUUAAUAAAAUGUUUUUGCUUUGUUGUUCA